ACUGCUCCUGCAUGGAAAAGAGGGACACGCACCGGGCUGCUGUACAGUAAUCCUGUCUCCUCUGGGCAGAAGCCACCCAUCAUACAUGCUUGGUUUCACUGGCAGAGGUUGGCAACUUUCUUUUUCUCUGAGCAGAUCAGUCCUCAGCUAGGACAGAGGCUGGGCUUUAUCUCCCAGAUGCUCCCCUGGCCAGGUGCAUAAGCCAUAGGGUGGGACCCAGAGACCCCUGAGUACUAAGUCCAGGCCUUGAAGAAUCUGUUUCAGUAAUCACCAAGGAACAUCCUGAAGUUGCUCCUGCCUUGCUUAGUCUUGUGUUCCUAGGUUGCGGUUUGUUUGUUUUUUUUCUUGUUCUCUAUUAGAGAGGCAAAGCCUUUGUCUGGCUGCAUGGGAGGGGCAGGAGGCCCAAGAAUUAGCACCAUGUCUUAGCCCACCUUCACUGUUCCGAUGCACAAGCCCUUCUUAGGUGCCAAAGUAGGAGGUUCCUCAGUGCUGCCGCUGCAGGCAUGUGGUGUGAGGACCCUUCCCUCCUUCCGUCUUAGUGGACUCUACUGCAACUCUGAACAGACGGUGUCUGUGGCCUCCUGUCUACUCUUUCCUGUCCAUGGCUACGGAACUUUCUUUACUUUACAUUUAUUCUGACUGACAAAAUAAGUAAGCAAUAUGUUCUGUAUACUUAGUUUCACUGCUGUUUGUUUUUGUUUUUGUUUUUUUUUUGAGACAUAGUCUUGCUAAGUAGCCCAGGCUGGCCUUGAACUCCUGUUUCUCUCCUGCCCCGUUCUCCUACAUGCUAGGUUACAGGCAUGCACUACCCUGCUCAGUUUCAGUGUGCCAUCUUGAUCCAUAAAUGCCUUUGGAUUUUCUUGAUAGUGACUUAGGUGGCUCAUUGUCCUGCUAAAUUCGGUGUCCUGGGUGAAUCUUCUGAAGCUGUAAGACAGCAAGGGUGGGAGAGCAUCAGGCGGCACAAGAAAGCCCUGUUUGAAGGUCGUGGCUUGAAGCAUUCCUCCUCCUCCUCCUCCUCCUCCUUCCUUCCUUUCUAGUUUUGCUGCCUGCUCCCACAGAACACUUAGAUCUCCAAAGUCCUCACAAGAUGCAGUCUGAGAGGUCACAUGGUUUCUACCCUUGCUAUACCUGCCAUCCCACCCCCAACUCCCAUGCAGGGAACAGGUUGUCCACACUGGCCUUUGCAGACAAGGUUCUCUAUUAGUUAUGCUUGGAGUUUGGGCAGAAUUUCCCCUUAGAAGCUGUGGUUUUCCUUAGCGUUAGUGACGAAGUCUAGAGGCUGCUGGACAGAUGUGUCCUUAGUGGAGAAAUGUACUCCAAUACUCUCUCUGACCCAAGACCUGUGUUUGUCCAGGGCAGGGCUCAGCCCGGUCAGCAGUGCUCACCUGCACUGUAAACAGUGGCAUUGAGAAGGCAGGGAUUCUCUAAGUCACAAUCUCUUUCGUGGCUUUGGGGACCAUGUGAAGGUUCAGUGUCCUCUUUAGAGAUGAAGCUGAGGUGGAGGAUCAUGUGAGUCUACAGCUGCCCCACCAGUCCAGGCAGUACAGCAAGAUGGUACCGAAAACAAAAAGCAAACAAACCAAACCUGAAGAAAGCAAAAACAAGAACACACAGCCCCAUCGCUUUUUCUAGCCGGUGGCUUUAGGAUGGCCAUUCCUUCCCAAGGAAGGCUUGUAUAACACUGCAGCCACCCUCAGUGAGGCCUCCAAACACCACUGGAGCGCAUCUCACCACCAGAAGUCGCCCAAUGGAGUAGGAGACACCUCGGAAGAACAUAGCCUGCCUUCCAUGGUGAGAGCAGUCUCUUUCCGUGAAUGUCAUUGUCAUGAUGACAUGGACUCCUCCCUAAGAUUUCAUCUUCUCAAACUCCAGAGGGCUGAGUGCAGUCUGAGGCCCAGCCUCCUUCUCUCUUGCUUAGAGACACUGUCCUUAGGGAUCACCCCUGAUUUUCCUAUCGGACUCCAGGUGAGGCAGGUGCAACAUCCAGGGUCUCUGUCCGAGUAGCCUGUGAGUCUUCUAGUCUAUCCCGGAGAGGAAAUGCUCUCAUGAGCACAUCUCGGAUCUGGGUGAGUGACUGAAGACAUGGUGCUGGUGUCUCUCUCAUUGUCUGAAAAUUGCUGUGGAAGUUUUUCCUUACCCGUUAGCCAAAAUGAGACAGAACAGCCUUGCCUGGACUGCACCUCCUCCCUGACAUUGACUUGACUAUGGCUUCUGCCUGCUUUUCUGGAGGCCCUCUGCCUCAUCUUCCAGCAGCUUUUACAAGAGGAAGUGUUAAGCCAUUGUCUACUUGUAAACUCACUUGGCCAGCUGUCCAGGGAAGUAUUUCCUUAUGGGAGGAUCAGAAAGACUGGCUCCAGAGAUAAGGUGGUCACAGCCUCCGGCUAAUUAACACUGGCAGGAGACUUACCGCUUAGGAUCUCUGGGAGUUCAAGGGCAGCCUGGUCUACAAAGUGAGUUCUAGGAUUGCCAGGGUUACACACACAGAAACCCUGUCUUGUCUUGAAUAUCCGCUCCCCCCCCACACACACACCAGAAAAGAAGAAAAAUGAAGUGAUAAUCCAAGGAGAUUCUGAUUUGGGGGCUCUAGUCUACUUAGGAGUAGUGGGUGGGAUUCUCUGAGCCAGCCUUCUUUACCUCAUCCCUGCCCACUGUCUUCCCACCAGGUUUUUGCCCAUUUUGAUCCAACCUGUGCAUAGCUACUUAAAUCCCAUGAAAUCCAUGGUUAACCUACAAAUGUAAAUUUACAUCAAAUAUAUAUGUUUGGCUCUAGCUUGUAGCAGCAAAAACUCACUAUUCCAAACCAAAUCCACAACCCCUCAGUAGCUUCAGCCAGCACCGUGCCCUGCCCCCAACUGCUCCCUGUCUCCACCUCCAAUGCAUGCUUCUUAGAGAGAGAAUUCAGGCUUUUUCCUUCAAACAUAGACCUAGAGAAAGAAGGGUUUAGGAGAACAUAGUGGAGUGAGGAUUGAAAGCCAGCCAUGGUGGUGCACACUUAGAAUCCUAGCAUGGAGGAGUCUGGGGCAGGAAGAUUGUCAGCCUGGCUCAAGGAGCAAAAUCCUAUCUCAAAAGAAGAAAAUAAAAAUAACAAACAAAAAAAACCCAAAUGGACAAAAAAAAAAAAAAAAAGAAAGAAAGAAAUCCCCACAAAAUAAACUUUAAAAAAGAUUUGUAUUUGUAUGUUAAUGUGUGUGAAUGUUUUGCCUGCAUGUGUAUAUUUGUACUAUGUGUGCAGUGCCUAGAGAGGCCAGCGUAGAGUGCUGGGUCCCCCGGAACUGUAGUUACAGAUGGUUUCGAGCCACGUAGGUUGCCUGCAAGAGUGGCAAGUGCUCUGAGUCAUGGGAGCCGUUUCUCAAGCCCCUCAAAUAAACAUUUUCAGGCGUUAAAACAGGAGUGGAAGACCAUGAAUUCCGUGGAUAAAGUUAUCACCACCCUCUCUUACAUGAGAAUCAUUUUUUUUCUUUAAGUUUAAAAGUCAUGAAUUUUUGCAUCGUUAUUUAAAAAAGAAAGAAAUAGAGAAACCUCAUUUAGUCGAGGCUUGUUUCAUUGGUGACAGCAAAUGCUUGUUUUCCCAGCACAUCAAGUCUGUAGGCACCGAGACUGCAAUGCAGCCACGGAAUGCCUGUGCUCUCGAAUGUCACAGAAUGUCACGUGAGGAUAGAGACAAUGUCUUAAAGGAAAGUUGGGGAGUGUCCACGCUUGAGACAGCCGUGGCCUGGGAAUCACACCUCGGACAAUGCAUUUACCUCUCAGGGUGGAAGGUUGGAGAACCACAAACAAAGGUCCUCUCAGGGCUUAAAGCUCCAGGCUUAGCAAGGUCUUGUUUGUUUUUAUCUCUGUAAGUGGCCUAUUCGCUUAAUAAGUGUGCAUGUGUCAAGGAGUGAACUGCCAAAACUUUAGGCUGCAUGUCUGAAAAAGGUGCCUUGUGUGUGUGUGUGGGUGGCCUGACAGUUACAAGGUUUGAAGUGGAACUUUGGAGCUUAUCUAAGUCAGCACCCCAGACAGUGUCCCAGGGGGAAUGUCUUUGAAAUUCAAGAAUUUAGCUCUUGGAAUAAUUAGCUACUGCCUGGAUCUUUCCAUCCCUCCCAGCCUUUUCCUCUUACUUUAGCAAAGAGAGCUGUGUAGAGCAUCCCUGGGGAGGGUGUGGUAAGGAGGGUGCGGGCUCUACAGUGAGAGGUGCCCCUGCCUUCUGCCCUUGAAACUGGACCUUACAAUACUACCUGCAUUAUUUACUUCUGUACUGAUAAUAUUGGCCAAAGACAAACAGGAAAAUGUUCCUCCCUCCCAAGCACUGUUGGGACAGGUUGUGAAGCCUGGAGACAGGAUGGUGUUCUGUCUUGAAUUCCCCUUGGAUGGGGAUGGGUGUUUUGUUCCUUUGGGGCCUGGAAUAUCGUUAACAGAAUUAAUAUUUUCUUAAUGACAUGGCAGAGAAUCUCAUGGCUUAUGCCUGAAAGUUGCAGAACUAUUGGGGACAAAAGCAAAGUGUUAUUUUGUGGUACAAGGAUUAUUUUGUCUAUUUAGUGUGCAGAGCUAUAGCUUUAUGAAAACAAAGGGAUCUUUGUAAAAAAAAUACGCUGUGUGAAUGUGCACUCUUAUUUAUUGAUUAUUGUAAAUGGAGAUAUAAAUGAAUACUUGCAUAAUUUAUACCUGUGGGAAACCCCUGGAGUGUUUGUUACUCGACAGUUUUCUAUCACGGAACUUUGGGCCUGGUGCUAUGAUGAAUGACCUUGUAAAAUCACGUGUAUACUUAAGAAAAAUUUUCAAAAUAAAUUUCUUGAACUGA